AUGGCGGACUUUUACGACGAACAGUCGCAACAACCCCCCUCCAACAAUUCUACCUUGCAUUCCCAACAUGCUUCGAUGAAUCUCGAUGCGGCGGGUCACAGCGAUGUCGAUGGGCUCUACGUGCCCCGCCCGAAACGCAUCGCAUGCGUCGUCUGCAGGAGGAGAAAAUUAAGAUGUGACGGCAAAAAACCCAGCUGCGGAACCUGUGCGCGAUUGGGGCAUGAAUGCGCCUACGACGAAGUCCGAAAAAAAAGCGGUCCGAAGCGGGGUUAUGUGAAGCAGUUGGAGGCACGGUUGGCUCAGGUUGAGACUUUACUCAGAACCCAAGAAGGGAGCGCCCAGACGAACGAUUUCAGCGCCCCGGCGCAGAACGAACUGACAGACAUACCCGGGUCGACCACUUUGUCAAAUGGCACGAGUACACCUAUUUCGCCUCCUGAAGCGACGGUGAAUCAAACUCUUCCGGGACAAGUAUAUCUACCACCGCCCGUACGCGACUCCCAUACCUCCGCGUGGGACAUGAUAAGUCUGGGACUGGAAGAGCCUCUCCCAGCCCGGGAAGUCAUUGAUGAACUAAACCAAAUCUAUUUCGAAAAAAUCCACCCCGCGCUCCCCAUAUUACACCGGCCGAGGCAUUUAGCGGCCAUGGACUUGGCCCCAAAUAUUCGACCCCCGGUCUGUUUGCAAUACAUCACAUGGAGUCAUGCUGCAACGGUCAGUGACAAAUUCCAUAAUCUGCAUGAACUCUUCUACCAGCGAGCCCGCAAAUACGCUGAGCUGGAGGAGAUGAAAGGUCUUGGCGAGGGUGUCUUGUCCUUGGCGUGCUGUCAGACAUGGCUACUUAUCGGUACCUACGAGUUUCGAAUGAUGUGCUUCCCCCGGGCUUGGCUCAGCGUUGGGAAAGCCUCGCGAUUGUCACUCAUGCUCGGUUUGAACCGAAUAGAUGGUCUCGGCCACGGUGUGAAACAGUCACUCCCAGCGGCCAGGGAUUGGACGGAAAAGGAGGAGCGACGACGGGUCUUUUGGAUGACGUACUGCGUUGACCGGUACGCCAGCGUCGGAACUGGAUGGCCUGUGUUGAUGGAUGACCGAGACAUCACGACUAAUCUACCCGCCAGCGAAGAAGCUUUUGUUAAAGGCCAGCCGCAGCAGACUGCGAGUGUCAGCGACAUUGUGGCUGGUGACCGUAUCCCCACGCUCUCGCCGUUCGGGAGCGUUGUAUUCAUGGCAUAUCUCUUUGGCCGGAAUCUUACCCAUCUUCAUCGUCCCGAUCCACAAGACAACGAGCAUGAUCUGAACGGGCUGUACUGGCAGCGACAUCGAUCUCACGAUAACAUUCUGCUCCAUUUUGCUUUGGCAAUGCCAAAUCAUCUUCGCCUGCCCGCGGGUGUGGCUGAUCCCAAUGUGAUCUUCUGUAACAUGGCGAUUCAUACCUCGACGAUAUGUCUUCACCAAGCGGCCAUCUUCAAGGCAGAGAAGAACAAAAUCUCCGAACAGAUUGCCACUGAGAGUAAACGGAGGUGCAUAGUUGCCGCAGAUCAAAUAUCCAACAUCAUGAAGAUGAUCAGCCACAUGGAUUUGACGAUUAUGAACCCAUUCAUGGCGUUCUGCGUCUAUAUUGCAGCCAGAGUGUUUGUACAGUACCUCAAGUCUCGUUCCGAUGACUCUGCCGCCCGAUCCUCUCUACAAUUCCUCUUCUCCGCUCUAGGCGCACUGAAGCAGAAGAAUCCCUUGACCGAGUCCUUCCUGGUCCAACUGGACGUCGACAUCGAGGGCACCGCAAUCGAUGACAUCCGACCUCGACCAUCAAAAAGGAUUCGCCACGCGCCGAAUCGUACGCACUCGGACGAAGAAACCGCACCAGACACCCAACCUCUAAGAUCCAUCUGCCCCAAUUCACGGGCGACACCUGCCCCCGAAGAAGAGGAUUCGCCAUCCUCAAACAACUCCCGUCAAGCCUCCGCCCGUCCACCCACAACCCUACCCAGCCGACAAAAACAACACCCCCUUCCCUUCAACCCCGCUUCCCUCUCCUCUUGCUCCAUGCCUAAUGACAUGUAUUUACCGCGGGCAAGGAACGACGUCGUCGCCCCCACGGGCAGUUGCGGAGGAGGACGAGGCGCCGCGAGUGGCGCACCCCUCGACAUGGAUCUAUCGCCUGGAUUCACCGACGCCAGCACAAACAGCACCUCCACCACCACGCACAAUAACAGCAACACCAUCAUUCCCGAAGAUACAGGAGUGACUUUAAACCGCCCGUCUCUAAGCGGACAUCCUCAGCUCACAGCUAUGCAGAAUGGCUCGCAGCACCAGCGCCAGCAGCACCAGCUAAACCCACAUCAACACCAACACCAACAACACCCGCAUCCCCACCCAUCUAGCACCACCCAUCCACUAGAGCCAAGCACUUCGAUGGGCACAUCAUCCCUCGAGGACAUCGACAUGGUGUCUGGCCCGUACAUCGGCAUCGCAUACCCAGGCCGAGGAGGAUUCCCGGCAACGGGGAUCGUGACGCCUCUCGACUCGACCGGGUCAGAGGGUUCGAUGCCCAUGCCCUCGGCGUGGGACUUUGCGCCCACCCAGGAUCCCAACGCCGCCGACGUGACUCAGAUGACGCCAGGAGGGAUGGACUCGUUCAAUGAUGCGCAGUGGGCGCAGCUUCUGGCCUCGGGGAAUUGGGAUGCGUGGCGGAAUCAUGCAUAG